AUAUCACCCUGUCUACGGUGUUUUUCACUUUGUCUUGUUUAACGAUGACAUUCGUUUAAUUGCGUUUGUAGUUUUCAAUGAAAAAUUGUGUCAUUUGUCUAUAGUCGUUAAAAUUGCAAUUAUAACCUUAGAAAGACGAAAAUGGAAACUAUUGAACCAUCUGAAGUAGUGGAAAAAUAUCUGGCAUUGUUUGGGCAGGGCAGAUGCGACUUCAAAUAUUAUUUCGCUCCUAACAGUAUCAUCGAUUGGUACGGACGGACCAUAAGAGGUGUCAAUAAAAUCCACAAUUAUUUAAGGCAUGAGGUUAGCCGUCACUGUGAACAUGUUGGAUUUUUGCAACCGGUAUCCUGUGCUCCCAUUGAGCGUAGGACCACUCACAUGCUCACAAAAUUCAUUAGCAAUAAAUCGGAGAAAUUUGUAAAAUCCAUUAACGCUGCACCUGCGCCUGAUAUUCUAUCGAUGAAAUCUUACGCAUCCAGUUGCCUUAACUGCUCGCCUACUUUGACGAAAAGGGAAACGAAUCUUUUGAAAACCCCAGAACAAUACCGAGCUGAAAGUCUACAAACUAAACCUCUACACAAACUACUUGAAACCGAACGUUAUCGCUAUGUUCCACGCUUGGCAACCGUGCCAGAUGCUAGCAAUCUGGUCUCUUGUGCUAAAGGCAGUUUUCGCAGUUUGAACGACUCGUUAAAUGAUGAAAAGAAACGGACAACAUUGACUUCUUUGUAUACACCGCUCCGAUAUGUGGAGGUAGAAGGCAUUGUGCGUAUGAGCUUGUUAACUGCAGACACUUUGCAAACACUUGGCUAUGACGAAAGGCCCACAUGUCUGCGUAUUUCAUAUCGUGUUUCUAUGAGGGAUAACGAAGUACAGUUCGCUUUAGUUAUUUACGAAGUUAUCGGUACCGUUUUCCCUUUCGCUGAUAUUAGACGCAAUCUUGAAACAGCAUUCUCAGAGGUAAUGACUGAAAGUGAUGAAGAAAAUAUUGAAGAUAUUUAAGUCCCAAGAAGAUAUGAACGUAAUAAUACAAACGCUGAUAUGUUAAUGGAAACAGAUCAAGAU